AGUGGAUUUAAACACAACCCUCCUCCAUGUUAGCAAUGCUGCUGUCCAAAGGUAUUUCUGCGCUCCUUCAUAUCUCUACAGAAGGUGUGUUACUGGCCAGAUCACAAUUCAAAACCAGGGGCGGACUGACCAUUGGGGAACUCGGGCACUGCUCGAGGGCCGGGGUCAUCAGGGGGCCCAUCAGGCCUCCCUGGUACCUUUCAUAGGCUUUUUUGGGUGUGAUUUGAGUGUGGGUGAGGACACAGGGGCCCCAUGAUCCCCUAUUGACCGGGGGCCCCCUGAGGUCAGUAGGGGGACCCAUGAGAUGCCCCUGGUACCUUUUUCAUAGGCUUUUUUUGAGUUUGGGCAAGGACACAGGGGCCCCAUGA